GGUGGUACUGGUAUCUGGUCCAAAUCUAGAUCCAUCGCUUUUACCUCCAUCCUUCCGCUUUUAGGUGCCCACGAAAGGAUCCAAAAGUAAUCUUGUCUUUUUUUAUAUCAUGCCUUUCUCCGGCCACUUGCGCUGGCCUCCGUUGUUCUGCUGUUCUUAUUGCGAGGGCUUUUCUCGUCCUCUUGCAUCUCUUUCCUUUGCUUUGGUUCCCGCUCCCAUCCAAGAAAACCCUAGUCCCCACCGCCUGUAUCGGGAUCUCAGGCUGCUUGAGUUCCUGGAUUCCUUGUUCUUUGGAAGCGCCGAUUCGAGACUCAUCAUCAGUGGUUUUGUGCACCUAAACAUGUUUACUGCUUGAAGUUUGCUCGUGGCCUUAAGUUUGUCUAGCUUUCACAAGCUGGUUCAUGCCACUGUUUUACGAGCUAGCGACUCUGUCUGCAUGCUGUAUUCUUCCAGUAGGUGUCAUGGAUUCGAAAUACGGAAACAACCUUCUGUACUGUAAGGCUGCACACAUUUGACCCUCCCCAGAUUCUGCGGUGGUGGAAGCCUGGCGCACUAGAAUGCCUUUCUUUUCAAGGGUGCCACUUCAACGAUGGCGUGCCGUUCUUCCAAAUGAUGACUUGAUAUGAUGCCCAGGUUAAGUUUAGUGCUAUUAGUAGCCUAGCGAAUCUUUCAUUGCAUGUCAUCAAUCUACAUUUAAUGGCCAUUCAGCAGGUCUGAGUGAUAGAAUUAUUGGCAAAUCACUUGUAAGUUAAGCUGUUCAUUGAUACACUACCUCAUCUUGAGCUCAAUUGAUAGUGGACAAUGUUGCAUUAGGCCACUAACCUGUCAUUGAGCCCUUCAUACACCCUCUAAAGUGGACACCUUUCUGUUUGACAGGAUGAGAAAUGCUAUGGUUGCCUCAAGUCCUAUUUUCAUCUAAAUUAUGGGCUGAAAGAAGUUUGCAGCUGGCCACAAUCAUGUUGCGGGCUUGGUGGAUUUCUAUCAUACAGUAAAGAACCUUAGUUGCUUUUGUCUUGUCCAAUGACACCAGUUUGUGCUAAUCAUCAGGUGCAGCCUAAUCUCAGCAAUUAUCUACAUAGUUCUUCUCUCUAAUUAUCUGGAAAUGGAACGUCGUGAUACCUUGGGAUUUGUUAGUGGAGGAGGCAAUUAUUUCUUCAAAGGCCUCUGACCUCUGUUUUAAUUCUUGUUAACUAUCAAGUCCCGGAAGUCAGGAUAACUGUGUUUUUUUCCUGUCAGCUGUUGGUUGAGAUUGGAGAUCUUUCCUUAAAUAGUGGCUAUGGAUGACAGAUUUGGGUUAUCUGGAUCUGCUGUCACUGGCUCAUGUAUAAAUUCUUCCAUAUGUUGGAGCAGAGUUGGAUCAGGGGCUGAAGAUCAUGCAGACACCACACUGUGCCUUAAUUCCCCUGGCACCUCCAGUCUCUAUUUUAACUUGAAAGGAAAAAAGAGGAAGUGGGAUGAUAUCAAUGGAACUGAAGUUCUGAAAAAUGCUUCACUGUCCCUAAGUUUAGGAUGUUCAACAAGUUUCUCGGACAGCAGCAAGAGGAGCUCAGCAACUGCCUGUAUGAUGUUUUCACCCAAAGAAAAUGAUGAUGAGUCUUCCAUGGAUUUGGGCCUAGGUUUUCUUCAUCUUAAUCUUGGCAAUGAAAAUGCACCAAGCCCAAAGAAACCUGCUAUUGCUACUCCAAAGGAGCCUAAGCGUGACCUUCAGUUAAGUCUUUCAGUAGGGCCAUCUCAAUCUGGUAUUACUAACAGCUCUCCAGGUUCAGCCCAACAUCCAGAUAUCUUGGAUGCAUCAGUAACAACUCGUUCAAUGCCAACUGUUGAUGAAGGAUCGACGUCAUCUCGAUGGAAACAUGGGAAUAAUUUACUACCAUAUCUAUAUGCCUCCGAGAAAAAUGGCAGAUUUUUUUCUAACGAAAUGAUUCCUGGGGAAUCUUCGUCAGUUCCAGUGCAAAAUCUCUCAUCUAUCAUGACAAAAAUGCUGAAAAGUCCAGUUGCCUCUACUUCCAGGAUUGCUCAACCAGAGCAGCGCAGCAGCAACACAAAAAACUGUAGGUUCCAGGGAUGUGGAAAAGGAGCCAGAGGUGCUUCUGGACUAUGCAUAGCCCAUGGCGGUGGGCGCAGGUGCCAGAGACCUGGUUGUCACAAGGGAGCUGAGGGCAGGACCAUCUACUGCAAAGCCCAUGGAGGUGGCCACCGAUGCCAACACCUUGGCUGCACAAAGAGUGCUGAAGGCCGAACUGAUUACUGCAUUGCACAUGGUGGUGGUCGCCGUUGCAGCCAUGACGGCUGUACUCGAGCUGCGAGGGGAAAAUCUGGUCUAUGCAUCAGGCAUGGUGGAGGCAAGAGGUGCCGGAGGGAGAAUUGCACCAAGAGUGCAGAAGGUCAAUCUGGUCUAUGCAUCUCCCAUGGGGGUGGCCGUCGCUGCCAAUAUCCACAAUGCACCAAGGGUGCACAGGGCAGCACAAUGUUUUGCAAGGCACAUGGUGGAGGUAAGAGGUGUACAUUUCCAGGCUGCACCAAGGGAGCUGAAGGAAGCACGCCCUUCUGUAAGGGGCAUGGCGGAGGAAAGCGUUGCGCAUUCCAGGGUGGUUGUUCAAAGAGUGUGCAUGGUGGGACGCAGUUCUGUGUUGCCCAUGGCGGGGGGAAGAGGUGUUCUGCACCAGAGUGCACUAAGAGUGCUAGAGGGCGGACUGAUUUCUGUGUUCGUCAUGGUGGGGGAAAGCGAUGCAAGUUUGAGGGAUGCGGGAAGAGUGCUCAGGGAAGCACUGAUUUCUGCAAGGCACAUGGGGGAGGUAAACGCUGCGCUUGGGGCCAGGCAGGGUCAGUUUUUGGUGCUGGUGGCCCCCCUUGUGAUCGCCUUGCCAGAGGCAAAAUCGGGCUCUGUGCUGCGCACACUGCCCAGGUUGAAGACCAUCAAGUUCACAGCGGCCGCAUAUUGGGAGCAGCCGCCGCCCGGUUCCCAGCACCCAGCAAAUCCGAGAAGAUGAAAGAGGUCAUUGUUGAUCAAGAUAUGUUCUCCAAGAUGGGAGCUGGCAGGGAAAGUCAACUGAGUUGGAGCAGGCUUGAUCAGGAGACGCUGAUGCAUCCUGCGAACCCUCUCAAUUCUGGGCUGAUUUCUCUUCCAGAAGGUAGGGUGCAUGGUGGGAGAUUAAUGGCAAUGCUGUCUAGUAAUGCAGGUCUCGGGAGCCACUCUGGAAGCCAAGUUGAGGGUGGUAAUUCCGAGCAGGGUGUACCAUCUACUUCUGUCCCCAACUGGCUGUAAAGACAAAGCAGUGAGAUCCCUCUGUUCACUCUGUUGCCCUGUUUGAUUUGGUUCUGGCAUAUACUGUAUGUUCUGCUCCCUCUGCUUGGCUUUUUUGCUUCUUCGCAAGUGAUUCGUGUGAAAAUGAGGAAAUCAAGCUUUUCUCAUUCAUUGGUUGUAUUGGCUAGGAGUUGUCUGCGAUUCAGUUGAUGCCCCCUUUGUGAGAUAAAUAACGGGGAAAGAUAGCUUGGACAAAGUUUUUAAGGUGUUUAGUGUAGCGAUCAAAAUUAGUGUUUUAGACGUCGGUGCUGGAUUGACAGUUUUCUUCUUCACAAAUUGUAUAUGCAUCUCUGUGGAUACAUAGUCAACUGUUCAGGUGCUUCAUGUAAAAACAUAUUAAAAUAAUAAAAUUGUUAUUGUAUUGUGUA